AUGGCAAUACAUAUUUCUCCCACUUCUACGGAAAUUGAAGCCUCCGUUAAGGAAACUAUACACUCUCUACUACAACGUUAUCCGGAACAUAACCGGGGAAGUGUUUUAAGCGAAGUACUGCGACACUCCUUUCAGACAAUAACCAUAGAAUUUAAAGGUAAAACGUUACCAAAAGAACUACGAUGGUGCGAAAAAUUGCCGACAAUAGUGCUUCUGGAGGAGUCAAUCCCGGGCGAAAAUCAAUUGAUGGCAGAGCCUACUACGCAAAACGACACAAUCACCACACAAGACAAGCCGAUUACUGAAAGAUGUUCGACUCCAAACGAUACAACUCAUGACAGUGCAUCAGCGACGCAGGAUACAUCCAAUCCCGAAAGUCUCCCAGACAAUACAGCUCAAGAUGGUGCUUCAGCGACGCAAGAUACAUCCAGCCCCGAAAGAAAUUCGACGUCGGGCAAUGCAUCAUCAACUCGAGAGCCUUCAUUGCCAGACACCAUAAUACCAGAUCUCAUGGCGCAGACUGAGAAUUUUGAAGCAUGGACUAAGGAUCCGUCCUUAUUCUGGAAUUACUCAACACAAUCGCUAAAGCUUCCGGAGCCAACACUUGAUGAACGACGCAGAUCUUUAUGUGAGAAUGCUGCAGAGGAGUGCAAAGAGGCUAUGAUUCAGACUGCUACCCGAAGAUAUAGGUCCAUUAUAGUCUAUUUAUUGUUUAAACAAUCAGUUGACUCAGAGAAAACGAGAUCCAACUCAGAGAAGACGAAUUCCGACUCAGAGAAGACGAAUUCCGACUCAGAGAAGACGAAUUCCGCCUCAGAGAAAAAGAAAAACCAGUAUAUCACAGCACGGGCUAUCUACAAUUUUCUCGAUUGGCUCGGAAUAGAAGCGAGUGAGGAAAAAAAAGAAAAAUAUUGGAAGCUUCUUCAGUAUGGGCAAAGGCGUCUGGAGUUCUGCCACCGUUUAAGCAAAAUGAACAAGCCAUUUCAAGAUUUCAGCCAUAAUAGUGUCAACUUCGAGGAUAUCAAAUAUGGCUUUUUAUAUCUACCCCUGGAUGAUCGGAUGUGGGAUAAGACGCAAUCACGUUACUGCAAAACAUAUAACGACACCCUCCGCGAUCUAAAUGUUCAAGAACUUCUUAACGCGGUGGAGACAUCUGGAGCCAACCUUGCGGCAAAAACUAUUCUUCAGUAUUGCCAAGCACUUGUUCAGGGACAGCCAGCGCUCUCUAAUGGAAUUGAUUGUACAUUAACAUCGAAUCGGUCAGAAGCGGAAAAUGCUGUUCAGGAACCGCAAGCACCGGCCGAUGAGAGUAAUAGUACAGCGGCUUCAAAACGUUCCAGCACAGAAGCCGGUUUGGAUGACCCGACAGCGUCAAAACGUUUUCGCCAAAAUGUGGACAUUUUGGUAGAAGCUGGGACAGCCAUUGCCAACGACUCCAAUCCACAAAUUGUGCAAUCGAACGAGAACGCACCCCCGAACAACGCGUCUUCUCCGAACAACGCGUCUUCACUGAAUAACACGUCUUCUCCAAACACUGAGGUUGAUCAGAAUUUAGUAGACACCCAAGACGGCGACAUGGAUGCUAUUAGUGAAGAACCUAAGCCACUAGGCGUGGCUGAUCUUUGGGAUGGGGAUGACGCGUAUCUUGAUCUGAUCGAUUGGGACUCAUACGAGCCCUUUCACUUUAGCACUGAGACGGGUGGCAUAUUGCGGGGGAGCCCGCUGCCUAAUGUCGGAAGCUUAUCAAUGGAUAGAACAGACGCUUUACAAGCUAGUAGUUGA